AAGCUACAGAUGGUUGUUAUUUUGUCAUGAAAUUCUGACCCAUUUAUUUCCUUCAAGUGUCUCUUGGUAACAGUGUUAUGUGUGUAAAAAUGUGUGUGCAAACUUUACUCACUGAGUUGUGAACAAAAAUGUUGUUUAGAGGUUAUUAUUAUAGAUGGCUCUGAAAUAGUCAGCGUAUCAAUUUCUGUACAUUUCUUCAUCUAUUUCAUCAACUGUACCCGUAAUUAUUCUCAUUUAUAACAAUCACAGGUAAAAAGCCAACAGAAUACAGGAAAUGACAUCAACUCUGUUAAAAAUCUUUGGUGUGUGUGUGUGUGUGUGUGUGUGUGUGUGUUUGGGGCGGGGAGGGGGUACUGCUAGACCCAUAUUAGACUCUGGCAGAACACAACAGCAAUGAGGUAGAAAUAUUAGACAUCACUGUCACUGUACUUGCAAUAAUUUCACCAAACGCAAUUAUUUCAGAGUAACUUUUAUGCCAGUUUUAACUUACACCUAACCAUCAACACAAGAACAAACCAUGAAAACCAAGUUCUGCGACUGCACAUCCAAAAAACUAACAGCUGAUGCAACGCAGUUCCUAGAAAAGCUUCGGCGGGGUCAAAUAGCUCAGCUCCAAAAUAAAUUGCCCACUUUCCCUGAGGCAGUGCUAUAGGAAUGGUUCAGAUUUAUUGUGUGUUGCAGUUUGGAGGAUGAUCACAUGCAUGUGGUCAGUAGCAGUGAGCCAGUGACCCAACCUACCUCUCAGGUUACAACCUAUAUAUAACACCCCCCCUUCCCCUUCCCCUCUCUCCCUCUCCAGCACCACUUCCCUGGAAGCUCCCUCUCCUUCCACACUGGUCCUGGCGUCCUCCACUGUCAUCUGAGAUCCUCCUCCACCUCUGACUGUUUACCCACCAUCCGCCUGGCAACCGUCUACAUGCUCAGGAUUACCAGAGGCCUUUUCUUUCAGCGCCACCAUCUCUGCCUUCCUUCAACCGGCUUUCUUUGGGGAUUUAGAUUGUGUGAAGGUCUGAACUGAGAGGGGCUGCAGAGGAGAGUUGGGACUUAGGCUACUCACAUCCUUGACUCCUUCUCCUCUCUUCUUGCUUGUUCUUCUUGAGGAGUUUUGGUUGAAUCUGAGAGGCAGAAGUGGGGUUUGGAGGGCUCUCCACACCAUGGAUCAUUCCCUGUUCGGUUGCCUACGCAGCCCUCAUGCCCCAGCUCCGGGCCUGCACCCCACCAUUACCCACUCGCCACUGACCCUGCAUGAUCGAAGUGACCACGUCUCCUUCUUGGAUCUACCCAGCCCCUCGCCCCCCUAUGGCUACUCUGGAGGAGAAGACAAUGGAGUGUUUGGCAGUCCAGCCCACCUGUCUCAGAAGCAGCCCCCCCUCCAAUCUCAGCACCCACCUGGUUGGCCCGUCCCCCUGCAAAUGCCCUCACCUAAUGCUCGACACAAUGUCUGCCUGCCGCCGCUUGAAGCCACAGCACCUGAACUGUGCUCUGGGGGCCCGAACCUGUGCGGCACCAACCCCAGCCUCAGCAGUGGUGACCCCACGGGGGCAUCAUGUGUGUCUGUGGAAUAUGGCCGACAAAGUCUGUCUUCAGAGGACCCAGACAGAAGGAGCAGUAAAGGCAAGAAUGACAGUUCAGAGUCCCAAGACGGGAGCUAUAAGUCAGACAUGAACAGCAAGCCCAGGAAAGAGCGCACAGCCUUCACCAAAGAACAGAUCCGGGAACUGGAGUCAGAGUUUGCACACCACAACUAUUUGACCAGACUGAGACGCUACGAAAUAGCUGUCAACCUUGACCUCACGGAACGACAAGUGAAAGUAUGGUUCCAGAACAGGAGAAUGAAGUGGAAGCGUGUGAAGGGAGGCCAGCAAGGGGUAGCAGCUCGUGAGAAAGAACUGGUAAAUGUGAAAAAAGGGAUGUUACUGCCGUCUGAGUUUUCAGGAAUAGUAGGACUGCAGCGUUCUGCCAACUCACCGAGACCGGCGAAUGAAGAGGACAGCCACGACAGUGAGCAGAGCUCAGAGCAUCCUCACCUAUGACCUUCCAUGAUGUUAUUGGACAGGACAGAAAUAAGGAAACCUUGGUGAGAAAUCAAAAAAAAACACAGACAAUGAAACUCAGAGAGCAUUCCAAAGA